UUUCCUCGAGAAACUUAAGCGAGAAGCAGCCAGGGAUGGUGGGAGGAUCAUCACCAUGAAUGGAAACCACGAAAUCAUGAACGUCGAGGGUGAUUUCAGGUACGUGACUAAGGAAGGCUUGGAGGAAUUUAGGGCUUGGGGAGACUGGUUCUCUGUAGGAAACAGAAUGAAGGCUCUUUGCGUGGGUUUAGAAAUGCCCAAAGAUCCAUUUGAAGGAAUUCCUACGGCCUUCCGUGGUGUUAAGGAAGAUUUUCAUCCUGGAUUUCGUGCUAGAAUUGCCGCUUUGCACCCCAACGGUCCGAUUUCUGGCCGAUUCUUGUCGCAGAACACGACAGUACUGGUCGUCGGAGAGUCAGUUUUCGUUCACGGCGGCCUUUUGCCGGGGCACGUCUCAUAUGGAUUGGAGCGGAUUAAUGAAGAAGUGAGAGAUUGGAUUAAGGGGUUGUCAGGAAAAUUCGCCCCGGACUAUUGCCGCCGGAGCAAUGCCGUUGUUUGGCUGAGGAAAUUUUCCGAUGAAUUAGCGAAGAAUUGCGAUUGUUCUUUGCUUAAGCAUGUUCUUGACACGAUUCCAGGGGCAAAAAGGAUGAUAAUGGGACACACGAUUCAGAUGGCGGGGAUUAAUGGCGUCUGCAACAACCAAGCAAUACGGAUUGAUGUUGGUAUGUCGAAGGGGUGCGCUGAUGGUUUUCCUGAAGUUUUGGAGUUCAAUGGGAAUUCUCCGCCCCGCAUAUUGACAUCAAAUCCAUAUCUGAACAAAUCUCUGAACUCUCUGAAUGUUGAUAGCAAGGAUGGACUCGAGCUGUUGCUUCCCGAACGCAGACAAAAACAAGUGGAGGUUAAGGCUUAGGAACCAGAAAGUUGAAACACCUGUGCUUCAAACAAUAAAAAACUUCAAAGAUGAUGCUAGGUUUGGAAUCUCUCGAGCAUAAAUUCUGUUCCUCACAAGAACUAAUUCGGGUAUAACCCUAGAGUCUUGACAUUUAUAUGUUACUAAUCAUUCAUUGGUAAAUAUGAUCAAGUUGAAACAUGUUGUUGUAGACUUCUGGUGUAGCUUUUGGAUUGGAUUAUUUGCUCUCCAUUGUGCAUUGUACCCUUGUCUUUUCACUGGCAUUAAUCAGAAGUGGCUUAUGUA